AUGAAUUCACCAGAGUUCAUUGACUACUCCACCAGGGUCCAGGCGAAGUACUUUCAUCUGGAAUGUGGUGCAUACCUUGUUGAUUCCGAUGAUUGGGACACCCAGUUCACAUUCAACAGCACGAGGUGGCUAGGGAACAUAUAUUGGAACGAAAACGUCAUAAGACGCGCCGAGGUCCCUCCUGGUGAAGUCGAGCCUUUCGUGUUUGUCAUUACUAUGGAUACGGUUCGCAUCUGGAAUUGUACGAUUGAAACGACGUACGUGGAGGCAGAAAUCACAUGCUCUACAUACGAUGCCUGUGCUGCGGUUCGUAUACGACGCUCUCGCCUCGCACACCCACCGGCAGCAAACACCCAACUGGGUCCGCUGAUAGGGUUCGAGAACACACCUUGGGAAUCUACGCUCUUAUCUUCGUCCAUUAAAGCUGGUUUAGUAGACACUUUCGACACUUUCAACAGGGAUGUCCAGCCUGUCGAUUCUAUCGAAUACAGCAUGUAUGGGCUCUCCCAAACCUAUCUCGACGACCCGAGCAACAUCUUAGGAAACACGGCUGGUCAUUUUGAGGAGGCUGAUCAGGCGGGUUGGGCCAUACAUCUCAGUCAGGUACUCAAUGCAUACUGGGCGACAAUGAAUGGCAAAUACUCGCUUAUAGGGAAUUUCGACACAAACACCAACCGAUCGAAUGCAAACGUCUCUUGGUACCAUCAAGACCAAGAUAAUAUCACGAGCAUGGAUUCAGAGACCUGGAAGGACAGGCUCAUGUUAGCGAGAGCAUGGCCGAGUACAGGAACAAGACGCAGUAACGUCGAGGUCUUCAAAGCACAUUUCGGCUGGGUCAUUGCGCUUAUCGUCUCGUCGACAGUGCUCAUCGUAGCGAGUCUGGUGCCGUUCUACCUCCGCACCUUUCUCCCGCACGGCCCAGACGUGCUCAUGAACUUCUCUAGUCUGGCUGCGAGAGAUAAUCCUUGUAUAGCUUUACCGACGACCGGGACAUAUCUCGACGCAGCUGAUCGAUCGCGAUUGCUGAAGGACGUGCGAAUACGUUUUGGAGAUGUCGAAGAGGGUGGUGAGAUCGGGAGGUUGGCGAUUGGACGGUUGGAUGGGGAUGUUGCGCCGCUGAGGAAGGGGAGGAAGUACGCGUGA